AUGAGUACCAACGACAUGCUCGGUGUACCGCCGCUCUCAGGAACUUCGCAGCGGCUUAGUAAUGGGGAUGCUCAGCCUCCUUUGGUUGAGGCACCACUCACGGUUGGUGAACAGCGGGAGGCGGCUGUUACCCCACGCACGCCCUCGGUAGACCAGCAAGCAUCGCCCAAUUGCCCACACGCAUCCUCUGGGCUGGUGGAUGCACAAGACACCCGAGGGGUAGAUGGGCGUGGGCAGGAACCAAGUGAUCCGGGGAUGGACAGGGCAGUGGCGGCGUGGGAGGCGCAACGCCGGCACUUGCAGGAGCUGCAUAAUAGGCGGCGGCGCGAGCUUCCACUUGGUGCCACGGCAACAGAGUCGCCCGGCACUCUUGGAGCUUCAGUGGGUCCUAGCAGGGCUCCACUUGGACCGCGCUUGGCACGACGGCAGGAGCUGAGGCGUUUGUUGGUAGCUGGCACGGGCGGUCGGCAAGAGUGGGCGACGGCAGAGCAGGCGGAGUCGACAGCGGGGAGGCAGGAGGUGCAGGGGGCCCUGCUGGCGGAUGAGGGCCGGGAGUGCGGGGCAGGUGGGCAGCAGGGGGUGACGGAUGCAGGCCUGCCGGAAAAGGUGCUGAGGAGGCAGCCGAGCCGUCUGGCGGAGGGCCAGCUGGGCCUGCCGACAAAGGUCCAGGGGGAGUUACUCGAGGAGGAGCAUUGGGAGCGUGGGGAACAGGGACGGAAACUAGGGAGGGAGCAACCGGAAACGCUGUCGGCGAUGCAGCAGGGUCUGCCGGUGGCUGCAGGGGAGACUAGAGACAUCAAUCCCUUCCCGAAGGCACGAACGGGGGCGUCUCUAAAGGGAUGGGCUGGAGCUGUGGAACAUACUUUUCUCUUUCGGAGCGCGCAAGGACAAGGUGCGCAGCCCGCGAGCACGGGGCAAGAGGGCAUAGGGGAAACGGAUCAGAGAGGGCAGCAGCUGCGUGAGCUGGGCGCUCAGGCGCAGGGGCCCUUGGACGACCAACUGCCACGAGGCAAGGGCAGGAGGCGACGCGGAGGCCAGGGCAAGCAGCCGUCGGGCAAUCAGCAGGAUCAGCAGGCAGAGGGCGAGUUGGGGUGGCCGCUUACGAGCCAACGUCCGGGAGGCCAGCUGGUGCGACGGCGGCCACUGUCAGGGGAACAGGGAGUGACUGCAGCACCUGAGGGCGUGCAGCAGGCAGGGGGACAGCAGGGAGUGACUGCAGCACCCCAGGGCGUGCAGCAGGCAGGGGGACGACAGGGAGUGACUGCAGCACCUGAGGGCGUGCAGCAGGCAGGGGGACAGCAGGGAGUGAUUGCAGCACCUCAAGGCGUGCAGCAGGCAGCGGGACAGCAGGGAGUGACUGCAGCACCCCAGGGCAUGCAGCAAACAGCGGGACAGCAGGGAGUGACUGCAGCACCUGAGGGCGUGCAGCAGGCAGGGGGACAGCAGGGACUGAUUGCAGCACCUCAAGGCGUGCAGCAGGCAGGGGGACAGCAGGGAGUGACUGCAGCACCCCAGGGCGUGCAGCAGGCAGCGGGACAGCAGGGGGUGACUGCAGGGGGUGACUGCAGCACCUCAGGGCGUGCAGCACGCAGGGGGGCAGCUGGGGGCGAGGGCAGCACUUCAGGGCGUGCGGCAGCGGCAGCAGCAGCGGCAGCAGCGUCAGCAGCAGCAGCAGCAGCAGCCCCCCCCGAUUCCUCCGGAAAGCCCCACACCGGGGGUUGCGGAGAAUUCAGCCACUCCUGA